AUGGAUUUGGUGUCCAGGACAUGUGGAGUUGAGAUCAGAGUAAUGACAUCCUGUAUGCGCUUGGACACCCAGCAGAUUGAAAAUAUAGAAGCAAAGAUAUCCAAUACGAGGCCACGAUGCCCGACAGAGAUGCAGCCAAUACGCGCCCAAUCUUUAUUUCUUGAUGUUGGAACAACAAAUAAGAGCAUGUUCAUGUUUAUUUAUUAUGGUUUUUUUUCGAGAAAUUUUGGGGAUUUACAAGCUGAAAUUAUUGACUGUCUGAAAAAAUGUUCUAACCAAAACUGUUUGAACAAUGUGCCCUGGUUCUGCAUUCAUGGAACUGUAAAAAAAAUUGAACAAGUUAAGUCGGAGUUUUGUUCCUGUUAA